UCUGCCAGGCCUCCCGGGCUGUUGUGGACUCCAGCAAGAGCCUGGGGGGUUGAAGCGCCCCGGACGCGCGGGCAGGGCCUGGCGUGACGGGGCGGCCCGGAGGGGCGAGCCCUGGGCAGCGGCGGGCGCCGGGAGGCGGUCACGUUUCGUGGGUGGCGGGGCCCCCGGUUAUUUCUGGACGCGCUUUGGUGCGCGGCGCUUUUAGCGGCUCCACGGCCCCAGCGCCCCCGGGGCCCAGUGCUGGGACCAGAAUGCCAGCCCUGCACAUCGAAGAUUUGCCCGAGAAGGAGAAGCUGAAGAUGGAAGUGGAGCAGCUACGCAAAGAAGUGAAGUUGCAGAGACAGCAGGUGUCUAAGUGUUCUGAAGAAAUAAAGAACUAUAUUGAAGAACGUUCCGGAGAGGACCCACUGGUGAAGGGAAUUCCAGAAGACAAGAAUCCUUUUAAAGAAAAAGGCAGCUGCAUUAUCUCCUGAGUAACCCUGGGGAAAACGCCUCCUCCGUGGAAGGGCCCAGAUCCCCGCAGACAACCAGCACGCCUCCACGGGGAGGAAGGGGAUGCUCGGGAUGCUGGGAGGAGGCCCUCCCCAGGCACCACAGAGAUUGCCAAAAAGCAUUCGCACUGCUCACCUUUGCUCACUUCGCAGAGUGUCCGAUGUAAAACUAGCCAAGUUGACAAUGUUACCAAUGCUUGACUCACCUCUAUUUUAAACCUGCUGCUUGAUGCCUCAAAUAAAGUUUUGUGUGAGGAAAA